CUUUUAAUGUUCCUGUUAAAGCGAUCGCUGACAUGGCGUCCCCGAUGCGUCAUGCGAGGCUAUAGUCAAUUCGAGCAAGGUGAUUUCUGCAUGUUACGUCAAGUCAAGACCAACAAAAAGUUUUUUGUGGGGCCUUUAGAAGCAGCCAGUGAAAAGGGAGUGAAAGGAGGUGCGAUUGCCCAUGACAGUAUUAUUGGAAAACAACCUCGAUCGAUUAUUCGCACUGGCAAUGAUAGUGUCGGAUAUAUGGUCCACUUUCCUACUUUGGAAGAAUUUGUGGUCAAUGUGCCUCGUGCAUGUACACCCAUCUAUCCCAAAGACGCUUCCACCAUUGUCCAAAUGCUCGAUCUGGAACCGGGCCAUCGUGUACUUGAAGCGGGUACAGGCAAUGGAUCAUUGACGUUAUAUAUGGCACGAGCCGUAGCAGGAGGUGGUAAUUGUGUUGGCAAGAUUGACACUUACGAUAUCCGAGAAUCCCAUUCCAAUACAGCACGUAAACAUGUCGAACGUUAUUCUCGAGGUAAAUAUAGUCCUGUGGUUUCUUUCCAUUUAGGUGCGGUGGCCGAUACAUUACCACAACAGGAAGAAGGCAAGGGACAAUAUGAUGCCAUGGUCUUGGAUAUGCCUGAACCCUGUGAUCAAAUCCCACGUCUUUUACCAUACUUACGCAACGAUCGAUUCUUGGUAUGCUAUCUACCCAACAUGACUCAAGUGCUUGCGUUGGCAGAACUGAUUAUUGAUUUACCCUUGGUGAUGGAAGAUUGUAUUGAGGCCGAAUGGAAGGAAUGGGAAGUGAGAGCUACGCAUAUAAAAAGUCGUAUAAAGCAAGCACAAGAAGGAGAGGAAGUCACUGUGCCUCACGAUGCUUGGGUAUGUCGACCCAAGAAUUUUGACGUUAAGGGACAUACUGCUUUUCUUGUCAAGCUUAGAAAAUCCGCUGCUGUUGUUGAAUAAUAUUUUUUUUUGGUGUCACAAACAAUCAUGCGUCAGAUAACAGUACGUUUUUUUUUUAUUAUUAUUCUCUAUCCCU